CGCUAUGGCAGCUCACGUGAUGAUCGCUAUGGCAGCUCACGUGACGAUCGCUAUGGCAGCACACGUCUCUAUGUUGGCCGCUUGUCGUCAAGAACACGUUCACGUGACCUGGAAGACCUCUUCAGCAGAUAUGGAAGGUUUCUGGCUUUUUGCCUAACCUGGAGGCCUAUGGUGAGAGGGUGCCCUUGGUGGAAUUGGUGGCUAUUGUUGCUGAGUGUAUAGGAGACUUUGGCGAUUCUUUCUGUAAUCUUAUUGCGUGUUUUUAUGGAAUGGCAACCAUCUCAAAGUGGUGUUUAGUUCAUCUGUGAGGGCCGAAGUAUCAGACCCUUUGGUACUUAAGUCAUGAUGGCCUUACUGUUUCUGGCAACCAUUUCCGCAGAGUACGAGAUGUGGAUUUGAAGCACGACUUCGCCUUUGUUGUAUGUACACUUCACUUCCUGUGUUCUCUUUUUCAUAUUCUUUUCCCUGCUUGAGUGUGAUUGUUUUUUCUUUACCACAUUUUGUUAAACAUAUGCAAGCUUUUUUUGUCUUCCCCCCCUUUGUUCUUUGCAUUUGUUCACAGGAAUUUAGUGAUCCUCGUGAUGCUGAUGAUGCAAGAUAUAGUUUAAAUGGAAGAGAUGUUGGUGGGAGUCGUAUCAUAGUGGAAUUUGCUAAAGGAGGACCACGUGGAGCAGGUGGUUCACGAGAGUAUCUGGGAAGAGGUCCCCCUCCUGGAUCGGGUCGCUGCUUCAACUGUGGCCUUGAUGGUCACUGGGCUCGAGAUUGCAAAGCUGGAGACUGGAAGAACAAGUGUUACCGAUGUGGAGAAAGAGGUCAUAUAGAAAGAAAUUGCCAAAAUAGCCCAAAGGAACUUAGACGUGGGAGUAGUUAUUCUCGUUCACCAUCAAGAUCCCCAUCUCCUCGCCGCAGCACCAGAAAAAACCGGAGUAGAAGUUACAGCCGGAGCCGCAGUUAUAGCCGAUCUCGAUCACCUGCAAGGAGAGAGCUGAGUGUGGAGCUUGAGGAGAAAAGAUCAAAAAGCCCUCGUUACAGCGGGAGUCCUAAGUUGAAGAAGAGUUCCCCUCCACCAUCCAGAGGAAGGAAACGAAGCCCUACACCUGAUGGGAACAGUCCUCAAGAUAGAGACAGUCCACCACCAAGAGAUCGCAAGGAAGCCACUCAGCAUGAUGGUUCAGAAUACAGUGAGAGCCCUAGGGCUGAGAGCAGAAGCCCCGCAAGCCCAGGAAGGGAAGAGAGCCCUGAAGGCAGGAGGUACCAAAGCCCUCAAGCGAAUGGACACAGCCAUAGCCCGAGUCCUAGGGAUGAUAGGAGCCCCAUGGAUGGUGAUGGUGAUGAGAACCGUGGUACCCCUCAAGGCAGUGAGUCUCCUUCAAGCGCCCAAGACUAGGGUUGUUCUCUAAGUUAUGACUUGUUUAGUAACUAGUAUGGACACUGUUCGCUUUACAUAAUGAUAUUAGAGACCUUUGAUUUGGGUAACGAAUAUUCUGGGAAUAGCGCUUGUUUACAAAACCAUGGAACAAGGUAAAAUUUGGAUGCGGAUGAGGUUUCAAUAGAUGAUUACACAGUUUACCUCAA